AUGGCGGCCACACCGAGCUUGGUGCUGCUCUUCACAAAAGCCCUCUCACAUCCCGCAGUAUUCUACGCCCCUCUAGGUGCCUUCCUGGCUGUGUCUGGUAUCGUGAUCGCGACACUAUUCUGGCCAAAACUUUUCUCUCCCGCUUCUCAAAUCAUCUCUUGGGUUCUCAAUACCUAUCUACGGUUCAGGCAUCCGAUCUGGCACACCGAGACCGCUCGUCACAUCCCGGGACCGUCGUAUACAUGGCCCAAUGGACAAGGUGAUGUAGAGAAGUACGUCCUUGGGAGGGCUAAGAGUGAGGAAUGGCAAAGCCAAUAUGGCAACGUCUACCGCAUCUGGGCGGGAAUGAGCCCCGAAGUGGUUCUGACAAAACCCGAGCAACUGCACGCCGUCUUCAAGGAUUCAGACAAGCACAAGAAAGCUACAAAUAGUGACUCGGGUUACUUCAUGAGCCGCAUUCUCGGUCAGUGUCUGGGCCUGAUGGCAGGUCCGCGUUGGAAAUUUCUCAAGGGUAUUGCUGCGCCGCCCUUCAUGCACCCAACAGCCGUCAGGUCUAUCAAUCGGAUCCAAGAGCAUGUUCGGGAGCAUUUCCACGAUCUUGAAACGCACGGAAACCUGAAGAAUGGUCGGAUACACCCCGUCCAAGACCUAAAGAUGCUUCCCUUUUUCAUUGUCGCAGAGGCAAAUUAUGGCUCCCUCACACCAGAAAUGAAAUCGGAGCUGUAUGCCCUGGCCCCCGCGCGCGAAAACCUUAUGAAGUUCGUUCUCUUCGGUGGUCUCGCUCGAUUUAAUUUCUCUCGGUUUUUCCCGACCGAAGCCAACCGCCAACUGCAGCGAUUCCGCUCCCAAUGGCGGGCUUUCAAUCGUGCCGCAUACGAACGUGCUCGAGAGAAGCACCCGACAGCCAUGGUCGUGCAGAUGUACGACGCAGUCCAGAAGACCUCUCUCACGGAAGAACAAGUCGCGCAAACAAUGGAUGAAACCCUCUACGCUAACCUCGACGUCACCACGGGCGGCCUCUCGUGGAAUUUGGUCUUCCUCGCCGCCAAUCCAGCGUGCCAAGCCCGGUUGCAUGAAGAGAUCUCCAUCCUGAACACCCGGGAGGAAGAAGAAAGCUACAUCUCUCGCAAUGGCACAUACCUGGCUGCCUGCGUGUUGGAGUCCUCCCGGUUACGUCCAGCACUCCCCUUUACAAUUCCCCAGUCUGCGCCGACGGAGCGUGUAGUAGACGGGUAUCGCAUUCCGGCUGGAACCAACUAUGUAGUCGAUACCUGGGGACUGAACGUGCGAGAUGAAUACUGGGCACCCGACAAUAACACGUACCGUCCGGAGAGAUUCCUGGGCAGCUCGACCACUGACUUACGGUACCAUUUCUGGCGAUUUGGAUUCGGUCCUCGUCAAUGUAUUGGCCGUUACACUGCGGAUAUCGUGAUUCGGGCCAUUCUAUUGCAUUUGAUCAGGCACUAUGAAUUGCAGAUGCUGGAGGAUGGAGGUUGGACACAGGAUCCGGAGUGCUGGAUUACGCAUCCAGAUCUGCAGGUCCGGUGUAUUCCGCGGACAUGAUUAUAUAUUCUGCUCUACAUAGCACAACAGAGAAAUAAAAAUCCACCGUCUGGGUAAAAGCCUCAAAAGCUGGUGCUCUGGAAAGUAGUAUCCCAUCCAGGGAAAGCAUUACUUAAUAAAUAUAAUGGAUCCCCAUGGAUUGGUCUUUAGGCAGGCGUUCCUCGUAUCCUGAAUAGUCGUGGUCUUACUUCGGACUCGGUCCUCUUGGCAUCGCCGGGCAGCCGAA